AUGCAAUUCAAGAAUAGAUGGGAAAAUCUCAAAACUAUGUAUUGUCAAUGGAAACAAUUGCAAAUUGACGCAUCUGGACUUGGAUGGAAUGCUAAGCUAGGAACCAUUGAUGCUGAUACUGAUUGGUGGAACACUCACCUAAUGAAACACCCAGAGCAUGCAAAGUAUAGGAAUGCAGGACCACCCAACUUGGCUGAAAUGGACCUCAUGUUUGAUGACCGUCAUGUCACCGGUGCCGAGUCCGCUAUCCCCGGUGAGAUACCAUUGGACAAGGAGGAAGUCACUAUUGACGAUGACUCUGAUAGUGCAGAGGAUGAUGAUGAAGUCAUCAAAGCAAAACCAAAGAAGCAGCGCAAGACCAAGUCCUGUAAAGAUGAUUUUUCUGCUCUAGAUGAGAAGAACCCAUUUGUUCAGAUGUACAAGAAGGCUAGUGAUGCGAUAUGUGUAACGGCUGAAAGUAUAAAAGAAGCAUCUAGCUCCAGCAAGACUCAUCCUCCCCCUUCUCCUCCGGUUGCUCCUGCCCCUCCUCCUCCAGUUGGCCCUAGUAUGUACGGAUUAUGAAUUAUAUGGACAGUCUAAUCCUUUAGCUCUCUUUUGUACGGAUUAUUAGUCAUAUGGACUAUCUUUUGUAUUGUACGGGCAAUUGUGACUUGCAUGGAGUAGCGAUGUGACAACAUAAUUCUUUU